CAGGGCUACCCCGGGCGGCCGCUCCCCAGAGCAGCAGGGGUGGGAACCCAGAGGGCCGCUCGGAGUGGGUGUGCGGCGGAACCCCCGCAGCCCCGCGGCGGGAGCCGAGACCGCGCGAGGCGGGGCAGAGCCUUUGCGCGGCUGGAAGGGGCGGGCCGGCGGGGUCGCGGGCAUUUCCUGUGACUGGGGCCGCCCCGGCCUCUCCCUCUCCCCCGGCGGCAGGACCAUUUCCUGACUCGCUGGAGCGGAGGGAGGACUUCGGCGCGGCUCUACCACCGGCGCGCGGGCCCGGGGGGGGGGGGUCGCCCGGGGAAGGCGGCGCCGCGCGCGGCCCCCGAGCGCCGAGGGCGCCCAGUGGACCCGAGGAGCCCGCCCUGCCAGGGGUGGCAGCGUGUCCAUGGGGCGGCGGCGGCCCCGUGGGGCAGGUCGGCCGUCCGUCCGCGCGGCUGCGGAGCAUCCCCCCCGCCCUCGCACGCGCCGUGGUGCGGCCCGAGAGGCCGGCGUCCUCCCCCCAGUUCGCGGUGCACCAAGAGCGCUCGGGACUUGCCCGGAGUGGCGGCGGCGGCGGAGGCGACAUGUCUGUGGCGUUCGCGGCCCCGAGGCAGCGCGGCAAGGGGGAGAUCACUCCUGCCGCCAUCCAGAAGAUGUUGGAUGAAAAUAAUCAUCUUAUUCAGUGUAUAAUGGACUACCAGAAUAAAGGGAAAACUUCAGAGUGUUCUCAGUAUCAGCAGAUGCUACAUACGAACCUGGUCUACCUUGCUACAAUAGCAGAUUCUAACCAAAACAUGCAAUCUCUUUUACCAGCACCACCCACACAGAAUAUGCCUAUGGGUCCUGGAGGGAUGAAUCAGAGUGGCCCUCCCCCCCCUCCACGCUCUCACAACAUGCCUUCAGAUGGAAUGGUGGGUGGGGGGCCUCCUGCACCACACAUGCAGAACCAGAUGAACGGCCAGAUGCCUGGGCCUAACCAUCUGCCUAUGCAGGGACCUGGACCCAAUCAGCUCAGUAUGACAAACAGUUCCAUGAACAUGCCUUCAAGUAGCCAUGGGUCCAUGGCAGGUUACAACCAUUCCGUGCCAUCGUCACAGAGCAUGCCAGUGCAGAAUCAGAUGACAAUGAGUCAAGGGCAGCAGAUGGGAAACUACGGCCCCAGACCAAAUAUGAAUAUGCAACCAAACCAAGGUCCAAUGAUGCAUCAGCAGCCUCCUUCUCAACAAUACAAUAUGCCCCAGGGAGGUGGGCAGCAUUACCAGGGACAGCAGCCACCUAUGGGCAUGAUGGGUCAAGUUAACCAAGGCAAUCACAUUAUAAGCCAGAGACAGAUCCCUCCAUAUAGGCCACCUCAGCAGGGCCCACCACAGCAGUACUCAGGCCAGGAAGACUAUUAUGGGGACCAAUACAGUCAUGGUGGUCAAGGUCCUCCAGAAGGCAUGAACCAGCAAUAUUACCCUGAUGGUCAUAAUGAUUACGGUUAUCAGCAACCGUCGUAUCCUGAACAAGGCUACGAUAGGCCUUACGAGGAUUCCUCACAACAUUACUACGAAGGAGGAAAUUCACAAUAUGGCCAACAGCAGGAUGCUUACCAAGGACCACCUCCACAGCAGGGUUACCCACCCCAGCAGCAGCAGUACCCAGGGCAGCAGGGCUACCCAGGACAACAACAGGGCUACGGUCCCUCACAGGGUGGUCCAGGUCCUCAGUAUCCUAACUACCCACAAGGUCAAGGUCAGCAGUAUGGGGGGUAUAGACCUACACAGCCUGGACCACCACAGCCGCCACAGCAGAGGCCUUAUGGAUAUGACCAGGGACAGUACGGAAAUUACCAGCAGUAAAAAAGUACUUACAUUCCAAUAGCCAGUAUCAAUUAGCAGCCAUAUUGUCACCUCAGCACUGUGGACACCUUCCUGUGAAGAGAUUUCUCCAUUCCAUUUAACUUUUUGGAAAACCUUGUGGAUAAGUGACUGUUUUACCAGUGAGCAACCUUUAUGGCUUAGUUGUAAAAGGCUUUAGUAGCUCAACAAUACUCUUGAUUUCACAUUUCUACUCUAGAUGGCAACAUUGGACAGCAAAUACAAUGACAUAACCAGUUCACAAUGCUUUUGGAACUGUGUUUCAAAUGGACUGUUACAGACUGUAAGGUGUGAACAGCUUUGUAUGUUUAUGAAGGUUAAGGGAAUUUACUACUUUUCCACAGAUUCUUUUGUAAGGGGAAGAGGGAAAUGUACACUUUUUACAGCAGCAAUAUUUUGUAUAUUAUGUUUAUUUCAUGUGAAUAUGCAAGACGGUACACUACGCACUGGACAGAAUCAGAAAUACUCUUAAUGUGGAUUAGAGCAUGGUGAAUGCUUGAUUGUGUUGGUCUUAAAAUGGUGAACUCUAAAGCUAAAGGUGGGGAUAAAGACAAAGUAUACCGCAUAUCUGCUGUUAAAUUCUUGAGAGGCAAUUCAGAUCCCUCUUACCUGUUACGUAAUCAAGGGCCCUGGGAUUAAGUUUUGAGUGAAAACACAUUUUUUUUAAAUCCUUCCAGUUUUGUGAAUUAAGACCUUUUUAUAGAUAACAUUUCUAAUAUAGUUUUAAAAUGUGAGACAAUAAGAGUUACUCAUGUCGGAUCUGAGAAUACUAAUGACAGUUUCAUGUAAAGGAAGUAGUAAUCCUCUCCUAAGAUAGCAAUAAUGGAAAGUGGAAGUGUUAAUUUUACCAUGCUUGACUAAUCAGGGAAUUUAAUAAGUAAUGUUAAAUCAAGAUUAUAAGUGAUAUUAAGAGUCAACAUUGCUCUAGCAAUUUUAUUUUUUAACAACUAAAGAAUCAUUGGUUUGUAUAACAGUAUAGUUCAGGAGACUUUACUGACUGUUAAAUGUACUUUUUUAACUAGAAAUAAUGCCAUUUAUAAAGAGACAAUUUUCAGUUUUUCCCUUUUUAAUGUUCACUUAUGUAAUACAAAGUAAUGUUUAGUAAAUUCUCAUUACUGAGGUUUAAUCCUGGUCUGUAUUAAACGCAUAUAGCUACUAGCAUUUUAGAACAUUUUGUUUAUUGACAUAUUUGUCAUCAUUUAAAAUUGUCCUGUGCCUCUUUUAGCUAAAUUCAGGGAUAUUGUAUUGGGCAGAAAAAAAUCAUUCAUCAAGAAAUUUAUAUGCAUGAUUAUUUAAGCAUAAACUGAAAACAUCUAGCCCAAAGGUAAGUUACUAUUUUCAUCACAGUUGCCUAUGCCCAGGGAAUAAAAUGUAGUCUUUAUAACUGAAUUGGCUUUUUUCUCUUCUAACUAGAAAAAAACAGAAGGGGUGCCAUAAAUUUAAAUAAGCAAAUGUACUGUUCUCAAAAUACUGUAAUCAAAGAAGAAAUUUCAGUGUGUGUGUUUGUGUAUAAGAGAAUGUGUGCGCUUUAAGGUUGUAAUAGGUUUUUUUCAACUUGGUCAGUAGAAAAUGGAUGUGAAGUUUCAGCAGAUAAAGCAUCGACAGCCUUAUUGUUAUUGAAAUGCUUAUAGGUUCUGUGCCAAUUUUCCACCACUGUGUACUUUGUUGCUAUUUAAAACUGUAUCAACUCUAACGGAAGAAUAAAUUAUUUGUGAUUUUAA